AUGGAUCUCCUGACUGCGCUCUUCCAGGAGAUGUGGCGUCAAGGUGAAGUCCCGCAAGAUUUCAAGGACGCAACUAUCGUGCACCUAUACAAGCGCAAAGGGAAUCGCCAAGUCUGCGACAACCACCGCGGCAUUUCCCUACUGAACAUCGCCGGGAAGAUCUUCGCUCGCAUCCUACUCAACCGCCUCAACAACCAUCUGGAACAGGGCCUUCUGCCGGAAAGCCAAUGCGGCUUCCGUCGUCAUCGUGGGACCACGGAUAUGAGCUUCGCAGCCCGCCAACUUCAGGAGAAGUGCCAGGAGAUGCGGACCCACCUGUACUCUACCUUCGUGGACCUGACGAAAGCCUUCGACACGGUGAAUCGUGAAGGACUGUGGAAGAUUAUGCAGAAAUUCGGCUGUCCGGAGCGAUUCACUCUGAUGGUGCGUCAGCUGCACGACGGUAUGAUGGCGCGAGUCACGGACAACGGAGCUGUCUCAGAGGCAUUCGCAGUGACCAACGGAGUGAAGCAGGGCUGUGUGCUGGCGCCUACCCUCUUCAGUCUCAUGUUCUCUGCCAUGCUGAUGGACGCCUACCGCGACGAACGCCCUGGAAUCCGCAUCGCCUAUAGAACGGACGGUCAUCUCCUGAAUCGCCGGCGCAUGAACUUCCAAUCGCGUGUAUCCACAGCCACCGUGCACGAACUCCACUUCGCCGACGACUGCGCCCUGAACACCACCUCCGAAGCGGAGAUGCAACGGAGCAUGGACCUAUUCUCCGCCGCCUGCGAAAACUUUGGGCUGGCUAUCAACACGCAGAAGACGGUGGUGAUGCACCCACCGCCGCCCAACUCAGCCACAGCCCCCAACGCGCCGCCGCAAAUCAACGUGAAUGGGACUCAACUGCAAGUGGUAGAGAACUUCCCGUACCUGGGCAGCACGCUCUCCCGCAACACCAAGAUCGACGACGAAGUCGCCAACAGGAUCUCGAAAACCAGUCAAGCCUUCGGUCGCCUAAACCACUUCCACCUCAGCUGUCUCCGCCGCAUCUUGAGGCUGAACUGGCAGGACCGCAUCCCCGACACCGAAGUGCUGGAACGGACGGGAAUUCUGAGCAUCUACUCCAUGUUGAGGCAAAUGCAGCUGCGCUGGAGCGGCCAUCUGGUGCGCAUGGACGACGAGCGACAACCCAAACGACUCUUCUACGGAGACGUCGUGACGGGUUCUCGUCGUCAAGGAGGCCAAAUUCGCCGUUACAAAGAUACUCUGAAGUCCUCCCUGAAGCGCUUGCACAUCAACCCGACCAACUGGGAAGAGCUCGCCCGCGAUCGUCCGACAUGGAGGAGAACAGUGAAGACGGGCGCUGCCAUCUACGAAGCCAACCGCAUCGCCGCCGCCAAAGUGAAACGUGAAGUCCGCAAAUCACAACUUCGCCCAAUACGCAACGCCGCCGCACAACCUCUCCCUACGUGUCCUCGAUGUCAACGGACAUUCCGGGCAGGAAUCGGACUUGUUGGACAUCUUCGAACCAACUGCACCUCUCGAACUGCUCCAGCCAUCGUCCCCGCGCCCGCCUCUUCCUCGUCCUCUCUUCCGCCAACUAACUCUGACACUCCUUCUGCACCACCACUUCCAUCCUCCUCCUUCUCCUCCACUGCCCCAGCGGUGGCCGUUCAGGCUGCCGUCUCACACAUCGCCAACCACGACACAGCAACCGCAACCACCCCCACCUGUCCUCACUGCGACCACACCUUCACCUCACACAAGGGCCUGGUCGGUCACUUGCGAAUCUAUCGCACAGAGACUGGUGAACCAGUGCCUGGAGCACCAACCUACACCCACCGCACUCGCCUCCACUGCCCACAAUGCCCUCGCACCUUCCGGCAUCGCAUGGGCCUAUUCGGCCACAUGCGCAUCCACGAGAGCGGAAUUGACCGCAGCCUUGACACACCCACCCCGCCGAGCCCCACUCCCAGUCCAUCACCUUGUGCACCCACUAACCACUCCCCAGUUGACAUCGACGCCACCGACCUUACCACCCCUCACUCCCCCCCUUCCUCCUCCACUUCCUCCUUCACUGCCACAACGACGGCCACUCCGGCGACUGUAGCGCACGGCUUCACCACAGCCGCACCUGACACAACAACAGGCACAACCCCUGCAACCUCCAUCAACAGAUGUGAGGGCGCGGACUACAUCUGCCCUCACUGCGAUCGCACCUUUACUUCACGCAUCGGCCUGGUCGGUCACUUGCGAAUCCAUCGCACAGAGUCUGGCGAACCAGUGCCUGGAGCACCAACCUACACUCACCGCACUCGCCUCCACUGCCCACACUGCCCUCGCACCUUCACGCAUCGCAUGGGUCUAUUCGGCCACAUGCGCAUCCACGACGACCUGCGGUAG